AUGCCGUCUACCGACUCUCCCAAAUUAGUGAUAUCAGGUUCCGUUGCCUUUUCACAAUCUCGCUGUCGUGCUCUUGCUGCCAGUGUUAAGGCCCAUGCUAUCCGGGCACAAUGGAUACAUUAUAUCGACCUUGUAGAGGAUCUACAGGAUCGACACCGUGCAGUCUUGGAGCAACUUCUACUUUAUGGAGAUAUAACCGAUGAGGUGGCUGCCUUUAAUUCUCUUGAGGGAUCCCAUGUUACGUACUAUGUUACCCCCCGCAUAGGGACUAUAUCACCAUGGAGUUCCCAAGCAACCGGAAUUGCUCAUGUCUGUGGGCUGAAGCAGUAUGUAAAACGAAUAGAGCGUGGUUUGAAGAUUACAUGUGUCCUAGGCCAGGACCACACCGCUCUAGAUUCAGAAUAUCUUAACUCGCUGCAUGAUCGGAUGACUCAGUCAAUAAGCCUUGAUACACCUGAUUUACAUGCCAUGUUUUCGGAGCAUCAGCCCCUGCCUCUUGAAAUUGUUUGUCUUCAAGAUAAUCAGAAGACCCCAGCCGAAAUCCUUACAGAGGCCAAUAAGCGACUUGGCCUGGCUCUUGAUCAAUCGGAAAUUGAUUAUCUCGUCGAAGCAUAUUCUUCAGGUGGCCCCAUUUCCAGGUCACCGACCGAUGUCGAACUUUUCAUGUUUGCACAAGUAAACUCAGAGCAUUGCCGCCACAAGCAGUUCAACGCGAAAUGGGUCAUUGAUGGCACAGAGAAGCCCGAGUCUCUAUUUGGCAUGAUCAGGAAUACCCAUAAACAGCACCCCGCAUACACUAUCAGCGCAUAUAGCGAUAAUGCUGCUGUGCUCGAGGGGGAAAUAGCGAGUCACUGGGCCCCCAAUCCUUCUACCGGGGAAUGGUCCCAAACUAAAGAAAUGGUUCAUUUUCUCGCGAAAGUCGAAACUCAUAACCAUCCCACUGCUGUUUCCCCAUACCCCGGUGCUGCUACUGGAUCGGGUGGGGAGAUUCGCGAUGAGGGUGCAGUUGGUCAAGGAUCCAAGCCUAAGGCUGGUCUAUCAGGAUAUUGUGUAUCCGAUCUGUUGAUUCCCGGCUUCAGACAGCCAUGGGAACUGGAUAUUGGAAAACCGAAUCACAUUGCUAGUAGCUUUGAUAUUAUGAUCGAAGCUCCAAUCGGGAGCGCCGCGUUCAAUAAUGAAUUCGGCCGUCCUUGCACAGCGGGUUAUUUCCGGACUCUACUUACAAAAGUUGAUAUUGAGAACGGUGACUCUGAAAUUAGAGGUUAUCAUAAACCAAUCAUGAUCGCUGGAGGUGUUGGGACUGUUCGGCCACAACAUGCCCUCAAAAACCCUAGAUCAGUUAAGCCUGGAUCAUUUUUAGUUGUGCUUGGAGGACCAGCCAUGCUUAUUGGCCUUGGAGGAGGCGCAGCUUCAAGUAUUGCAUCUGGAGAAGGAUCUGCUGAUCUUGAUUUCGCGAGCGUCCAAAGAGGGAAUGCAGAGGUCCAAAGGAGAGCGCAGGAAGUGAUCAAUUCCUGCGUCUCUAUGGGCCAAGACAACCCUAUCAAGUUUAUCCAUGAUGUCGGCGCUGGCGGUUUGUCAAACGCGUUGCCCGAGCUUAUACAUGACGCCGGCCUGGGGGCCACCUUUGAGCUACGUGAAAUUGACAAUGCCGAUAAAGGCAUGAGCCCGAUGCAAAUAUGGUGUUGUGAAGCCCAAGAAAGAUAUGUUAUGGCCAUUUCAGAAGACGGAAUGACCAAGUUUGCAGCUAUCGCAAGGCGAGAGCGCUGUGGCUACUCGGUUGUAGGGCGCGGCUUAGGACAACCGGAGGAACAAAGGAGAUUGAUUUUGCUUGAUCGAGAUUCGAAGGCUCACCCUAAGCCAAUUGACUUACCCCUUUCUGUCUUAUUUGGAAAACCCCCAAAAUUGACGAGGACUGUGUCCUCAAGACAGCUGAAAUUGCCCGCCUUUGAUAGUACCCUCCGAUCCUAUCUACCGGAAAUUCCCACCAAAGACUUAUUUAAUGAAGCCGUGUUAAGGGUUUUGAGACUGCCUGCAGUUGGCUCAAAGUCAUUCCUUAUUACCAUUGGCGACAGAACAGUUGGUGGUUUGACAGCAAGGGAUCAAAUGGUCGGCCCAUGGCAGGUUCCCGUGUCCGAUGUUUCAGUAACCGCCACCGCUCUCCUAGCUGGUAUGCGGACAGGCGAGGCCAUGGCUAUGGGAGAAAAGCCCACGCUUGCACUCAUUUCCCCUGCCGCAUCUGCAAGAAUGGCUGUGGCAGAAUCUCUUCUGAAUAUUGCAGCCGCGGAUAUUCCCGAUCGAUUACGCCGUGUCAAGCUUUCCGCGAAUUGGAUGUCUGCUGCAAGCCAUGUUGGUGAGGGUGCCGCUCUGUAUGAAGCUGUGGAAGCUAUUGGAAUGGAGCUUUGCCCAAAACUUGGAAUUAGCAUCCCAGUUGGAAAGGACUCAAUGUCUAUGAAAAUGAAAUGGAACGACCAAUCAUCUGGGGAGGCCUGUGAAGUCACUGCGCCUUUGUCUCUUGUCAUAUCGUCUUUUGCCCCAGUUUCCGACAUUCGACAUACUUGGACGCCUGCGCUUCGCAGUUUCGAAGAUGUAGGGGAAACUAUUCUUUUAUUUGUGAACCUUUCCGGGCGCAAGGCUCUAGGGGGCUCGGCUUUGGCUCAAGUGUUUGGCCAGGUUGGCAAUGAAUGCCCUGAUAUUCAUGAUAUUCAACUCUUCAAAGACUUUUUUGAUGCUACUCAGCAACUCCAAGAGGCUGGAAUUGUCCUCGCGUAUCAUGAUCGUUCGGAUGGUGGAUUAUUUACCACCUUAGCAGAGAUGAUGUUUGCGGGUAGAUGCGGAGUGCAAAUAAUGCUCGAUGAUAUAUGUCCUAGUACAGCUGUGAAUGACGUCUUAGAGACUUUAUUCAACGAGGAACUGGGAGCCGUAUUCCAAGUUCGCAAAAAGGACGAGGGUGUAUUCCGAAGCUGCUUCGCCACUUGUGGCCCUCCACCAGGCUUAAUAUUCAGGAUAGGACGUGUGGCGGAGAAAUCCAAACAAAGUAUGGCCAUUUAUCAUGGAGCAACAUUAAUUUAUCGCAAUUCCCGUGGAGAGCUACAACAGGCGUGGUCAAGUACAUCGUACCACAUGCAGAAGAUCCGUGACCAUCCGGCUAUGGCUGAGCAAGAAUACGAGAAUAUCUUGGAUGAUAAUGAUACAGGCCUAUCAUAUGACCUUACUUUUCAUCCAAAAGACCCUGCAAUUCCACUUCUGAGUAGCAUUAGCGCUCGGUUCUCACCGUUUACAGCGAAACCAAAGGUCGCCAUUCUCCGCGAACAGGGCGUGAAUAGCCAAGCUGAAAUGGCUUUUGCUUUCAGUAUGGCUGGCUUCUCCGCUAUAGACGUUCAUAUGACAGAUAUUCUCUCUGGGCAAGUAUCUCUGUCUUCAUUUGUUGGUAUUGCGGCAUGUGGUGGGUUUUCAUAUGGCGAUGUCCUUGGAGCAGGCCAGGGAUGGGCGAAAUCCGUUCUCCUCCACCAAAAUACAAGAGAGGAGUUCAAGGCCUUUUUCGAGCGACCCGACACAUUUACCCUUGGUGUAUGCAAUGGGUGUCAAUUUCUCAGCCGCCUAAAGUCCCUCAUUCCAGGAGCCGAAACCUGGCCUAGUUUUGAGCGAAAUGAAAGCGAGCAAUAUGAGGGCCGUGUGUGUAUGGUACGAAUAUUUGAUGCAGAUAAAGCUUCUCCAAGCGUCUUCCUGCAUGGCAUGGAUGGAACUUCUCUACCUAUUGCGGUGGCCCAUGGCGAAGGCCGGGCUUCGUUUACCAGUGUUAAUGGCGUGACUGCAGAAGAUUUAAGCAAGCAAAAUCUGGCGCCAAUCCGAUAUGUCGACAACACUACACUUCAGCCAACCAUGAGAUACCCGUUCAAUCCGAACGGAAGUCCAGAGGGUAUCGCUGGCGUCAGGAGUUCUGAUGGUAGGGUCCUUGCUUUAAUGCCUCAUCCCGAACGAACCAUUAUCAACGGCGUGGGAAGUUGGUUUCCCGGUGAAAACGCUCUGUCUACUGAGUGGGGUGACAUUGGACCAUGGGGAAGGGUAUUCUAUAGCGCGAGAAGAUGGGUUGGCUAA